CGAGGGCUCAUAGAAAACAACACCAAACACGGUCGCACUGCGAAUUUACAAAUUAGCAAUUUUAAUACGAUUUACUACGUUUUAAUAGUUCCAACAGCAAAAAGACGCGUUAAAAACUUCGGAAUGAACGCCACAACGCUCUAUGUCGAAGCGUGCAAAUGCAUGUUGUCGCUUGAAACCGACAAUCAAGCUGUUUGGGAUCAACUGUUCCAAUUGCUUCCAAAGCUUCGCCAAGCCCUUUCUUGUCGAGUUUGCCGUGGUUUGUUGAUCGACCCGUACGGAUCUCACAGCUGUGAACACCACGUGUGCAAAGGGUGCCUUCGAAGGAAGCGGGCCUUAAUACCCGGAUGUCGAUGGUGCACAAACUUGGAAAAGCUUACGGAGGAUAAACAAGCUCGAAUUGUGCUGGCUUGUUAUCAAAAGCUUUGCGAAUGCAUCGCCCAAAAAGCGGCCAGCGUUCAGAGGCUGUCGACACAAAACGGCGAGUACAACAAGACUUUGGCGAUCAUUCAAGAGGCCGUUACAAGCCCGAUCUCACUUGCAGACUUUCCAAGUAACCGACAAGGGCAGGUACCGGUAAACAACUCGGAAUUAAAUUCCAAAAAUUCCUCUGGCGGUGAUUUGAACAUGGCGGCGGAGUCACGUGUCCCAGCAACAAUACUUCCGCCGGAAAUGAAACUCCUGCCUCCCAAAAAAGUUGCAAAACUCUUGGCUUCACCAACAGGUACCCAAAGUCAAAAGGAGAAGAAAAAAAAGAAAAAGCCAUUCAAGGGAAGUUAUUAUAACUAUGGCAAAAAGAAGAAGACCCCUGUAAAGAUAAGUACAAGUGCAACUAGCCUGUCUUUUAGUUCUGAAAUCAAAAACAAUACUGGAGUUUGCUCUCAUGAAGUUACAAAAGAUGGAAAUGACACUGAAGAGAUUCAGAUUUUUGAUAAUGUCGAGCCUGAAAUUCACGUUAAACCAGACCUUCAGCCAAAAGAAGUAGUUGUUGUAACUCCGCCAGGAAAGCAUAAAAAGAAAAGUAAGUUGAAGAGGUGUUCUUGUGGGACAUCGUCCAAGCUUCAAAGCCCCAGAUGCAUCAGCACGCGUUGUCCAUGCUUCAGUGAUGGAGGUUCAUGUGAACUUUGUCCCUGUGUCAAUUGCAGCAAUCCUUUUAGUAACAACAAUGACAAAGUGUCACCAGAUGGCAAAUGUAAGCUGAAGUUUGUUGACGAAAAGGGUGUGUUAACAUCGAUGGAAUGAUGGAUCAACUGUUCCCUCUGUUUAUUAAUUGAUUUUACAUGUUGGUGUAUAUCCACCAUGGAAAUAGUCAAUGUAUUUUGUGAUUUAACCAAUGAAUGAGAGGAAGGCUAUGAAAUCAAAGUGAAAGUCUAUUUUAAUGGAAGGCUACCUGCUUCAUUUCUGUCAAAGAAUGAUUAUACAUUCUCAGUAAGCCACAUUUUAAUUGCUCAAUUGUGUUCAUCAAAGCACAUCUUAUUUUGGUCCAGGAUAUUGGAAGUGAGACCUUAGUUGUCUGUUCAGAGUUCAGCCUUCUGUAAUCACAAACAUCAGUUUUACAGUUUCAAGUCUUUUUCAAUCCAGCCUGUACACUUUUGAAAAGUCCUUUCCCAGGCAAGUUUUUACAGUCAAACUCUAAUAACAAAUAACAGUACAAGUUGGAGUUUGUUCUUUGGAAGAAUAUUUUGAUUUUCAGGGGAAGGAGGAUGCUGUUUAGUGGCAUUGCUGUUGUGGUUCGACUUCUUGGAUUACUUUGAGUAACUCUGCCAAGCCAAGCAACAAAUUGUUCCAAGACAGCUGCAGACCCUCUCCAAACUGUAUACAAGAGCUCUUCACUCAGCAUUGAAUACAAAAUGCAUAUGUUGUGAUUAUUGUUAAAUUAAUUUUGAUUCUGACCCUGCUGAGGAGUUACUGUGCAUGAUCUUGUGUCUAUACCUGGGCAGGAAUAAUUUACAAGGCUAAAAAAACCCAAUUCCAGCUUGCCCUUCGGACAAUCAGCUCUCUAAUUUUUCUUGCCCUGGGCAAGUCUAAGUCUAUUUUUUUUCUCUUAGUUGGCAGAAGACCUGCCAGGGCCCUUACCCAUCGGGCAAGUGAGAAUGAAAAGUAACUUGCCUGGUAAGAAAAUCUACUCACAAGUGCUAAACGACAGAACAGCACUUUUUUCAAACCUCGAGUAGAGUCAUAAUAAUAUUAUUCUAGUUUUUCUCGCACUGCAUUCUGGUUGGAUGUCUACGAUAUGAAGGAUACCCAAAGUCCCAGCUUCAUCAACCUUUCCAGGCAAAGUGUUUGAAGUAUCUGUCAGAUUGAUUGACCUUUAAAUUAGAAGGGAUACCAUUAUGUAAACCCUGUAAAUCUAAAUCAGGCAUUUACUUGAAUUUCAAACAUGAAUGUCUUCAAAUUGUGACAGGCCAACCCUCUAGGGAGUCUCACAACACCUACAUGUCAUGCCAAUGAAAUUGUUAAAAUGCUUAUCAUUUGCAACUCUGGUGCAUUAUUCAUCAUGUUUAGCAUUUUAAAGUGCAUUGUGAAAGAAAGCAAUUGAAAGAGUUAAAAUCAAAAGCAAUACUAACAAUGCUAAGCAGGUAUUAUGAGUAGAUUCAAAGACAGCAUUUCUGUUAUAUCCUUACCAGUCACUCAUAGAUCAGAAUGCUGACAAACAACACUAAGAAAACAGUGGGUAGAAACCAAAUAUGGCUAAAACAAAAAAGCUUGCUCUAAUUUUUGACGAUUUCCUGUUCAUGAUAACCUCAAACUGCUUGCUUUUGUCAUAACCUAUUCAGCAUAAUUUUGUACAUAAUAUAUUGAUGUAAAUAUUUAUUUAUUAUUCUUCAAAGGUUUCCUUUCUAUCAAGGAUAUUGUACAUGUAGUACUAAAUGAAAGAUGCCAAACUAAACAUAUCCUCUCAGUAUAACUUGCCAGUUUCCUUAUAUCUGUUAGUUAUCUCAAGUAGAUUAAGUUAUUUAUUGAUCGUUACUUUAUAGAAAGUAUCUAGUUUGUGAUGAUAGUCUAACAUAACAUAGCAUAUGACGCAACACAUGGACAUUUGCCAGACAAGUUAUAGACUGGCAAAGUUUGAAAAUAAUUGACCUUGGGAUGCAACCACAUGCUACCAACUAUGAUGUAAAAUGUAUCUUUGGUUUUGGUUUCUCAACAUUUCGAGCAUUAAAAUAUUGCUGUUGGUCUUGCA